AAGUGGGCAGCGCGACUGAUAAAUUAUCAGAUCUUUCUCACAUUGCCGCUCUGUGAUUGGCUGAUUUGCUUACACCGGCAACCUUUUGACUCAAAGGCAACCCGCACCCAACUACCACCAGAUCGGAAAGGCCUCCAGUCGACACGGCAAUAAGCUAUGGCGUCCACGCAGACCACCGACGAGCCUAAGAAGCCCAGCCCCACGCGCGCGAGGAAGACGACGCCGCGCUCACGAUCUAAGAAGGAGAAGAAAGCGCCGACUCCGCGACGUCGUGCGAGUCCUCGGAACCGAAAGGCGGCGGAUUCUGAGCUGGAGAAGAAUCAAAAGGAAAAAGAUCAGGAAAAAGCCGCAGUGGAGCCGCCUCCGCCUCCUGUUAAAGCGGAACAAGAGCAUCAACAGAAGCAGGAGACGACAGAGGACAAUACGGAGGAUGAAAAGCAACCACCAAGUGAAACAAAAGACGAGGCGGAGUUGCCGCUCUCUCAAGACACGCCACUCCGACGAAAUUACCUACAGAGAAUGUAUCGUCAAUUGCAGACCACGCAUCCGCACCAGGACGAUGCAAUGAUCCGCCACAUUGCGACAAACGUGGAGAUGGACAUGUGUCAGAAGGCAACGACACGGAGUCAAUACGUGGCGACGAUGGAGCAAGAGAUCCACAAGCUCAUGCAGUUCGAAAUGGAGCAAGCAAACACGACUGGGUGCUCGGACGACACUCAAGGAUUUGGGAAUGUGCUAAGCAACACUCAAGCGCAGUCUGGAGAGAUGCAAGGCGGCUAUUCUCAACAUCAGAUGUCACAGUCACGGAGUUACGAGUACGCUCAGGCACUUGCAAAGGCGCAGGAGAAGGAACAAGCAAACAAUUUCGGCAGAUCUCCGUCCUUCUCGACUCCACGUCAGUCAAUGAAUGGAGGAGAUACCUCGUUCCAGUCACUCAUGGGAAAUCAGACGCCAGGGUAUAUGACCAGUGGGAUGCAACAGCAGCAACAGAGCACACCGAAUCGAGCUAAGAGCAUGCAGAAGCUGCAACAGAUGGGGAACCAGUUUUACUCGACGUCGUCCAUGGCGCCUCCAACUACUCAGAGUUUCUCGGUUCCGAGCAAUGUAAACGAAACGGCAAGUCAAGCCACACCGCGGAACAUGAUGGAGACGCACCAACAACGUGGCAACUUCCACGUGCAACAGCACGCGCAGCAGCCUCGGAUCCAAUCACGAGUAACCAGUUUUUCCGAGUUUUCGGCUCAGAUCCAGCACUUGGACAAGUCCGUGCUGAUAGAGCUACUGUGGAAUCAAAGAGGCGCGUUGGCUCGAUGGCAGAAUCAGGCAAAGCAGUUGGAGCUUCAGCUUCGGAAUGCCUCCAGUAACCUGAGUAGUACGGGAUAUAACUCUCCGUACAACGCUAGCACGGGGUCAUUUGUUAGUCCCAAUGCCGCGGCGGAAGCGGAGAUGCAGAGGGCUCGAGCUCGCAGCAAUUCACGAACGGCGCAGCAGAAGAUGCCUACGUAUUAUUAUGGACAACAGCCGAACUUUACAAAUGGUGGCUAUGCUCAAGCCAAUGGUAAUAUGGAGGAGAAUCCACAGCAGUACUGGGAACGGAUUCGAGCGUUGAAAGCUGCGUACGAAGACAAAUUACUCACAGCUCAGCGAGCACUGGCUCACAAUACUGCGCCUCCUAACUCUGUCUACAGUGCCAAGGCCAAGUCAAUGAUGCAGAAUAUUGGUUUGGUGUUGACCAUCCUGAACGAGCAACCCACCAACGCCCAGCCACGCAAGUUUGAAGUGCUGAAUUCGAUCGAGCGCUUCAUGCAAAUGUCUGUGCUUCCGAUCGUGCAGAAAGUCUUAUCAAGCUCACAUUUAGCCACCGGGUCUCGGGCUCCGGUAGCGUCGGGUUCAUCUGCUUCGGUGACGACUAGUGUUGCUUCCUAUUCACCCGGACAGCCACCCAACUCUGUCAGAAUGACAGCAGUUCCUCAGCCCACCUCGAUCUUCACUGACGGUCAACAGUUUACAGAUGUGGAAUCAAAGAACACCGCUGGCCAUGUUCACUCCCCAACAAUGAAUACACCAACGCAUAUGAUGGAAGGAUUGGCAGCAGGAAACAGCCCAAACAACGCUGUGUCGAGAGAAGAUCACAAAAAUUGCCAAAAUCGGGUAUAUGAAGCCCCGACGAUAACUCCAAAAGGGUUAUCUUCUUCUUCGCUGCCCUCGGUCGAGUCCCGUCCGUCAGCUAUCACUGAAACGCGCCUACCCAGUUUAAGUCCCGGUGGCAACACUCGAGAUAGUAAAAGUAGCAAAAUGAUGGAGAGCAACAUCGACGAUACUCUGAACGAGUUCUCCGAGUUGGCUGGCAUGGAUUUUGAUGACCCGGUAGUGGAAAGCAGCAUUCUCGUCAAAGAAAACAACCCGUCCAAUGUCAUGAGGAAGCGCGGAAUCGAAGAUGUGUGAGUCCAAUCGCGCACCGCGUAGCUCCCUUUCAACGGUAUUGCCGAAGAAGAGUUCGUGAGCCAGGAAGUGCGGUACAUUUCAGCCAAAACGCAAAGUUAGUGAGUGGUGUGCUGGAAAAGUCUACUAAAACGCCAGCAGUGAGUGUUUCUGAAGUAUUUUUUUUUUCAUUAUUAUUUUUUUCGUUUUUUCUUAAAUAUCCCGCAUGCCUUCCUAGAUGCUAUCCACGAAAGCACCGAAGAAUGGAUCGAUGUUCAUAUUCAUAGCCCUAACGAGCUAAGCCCAGGGCAAGGUUCACAUGAUGUGCUUGACUCAAAAUAUACCUCGCACGGUCACCGACUGCAGCCUUGCGUCCACCAGGGAAAAUGGCACUUGGCAGGUCG